AUGAUUUUACUCGAUAAUAUUUCUGAUGACAUUGAUUCAGUUUCUGUUUCCAAAUCUAUGAUCUGCACUCCAGAAACUUUAGUUAAUCACAUCAAUCAGGCCGGGAAUUCUUUAACAGUAUUUCACACUAACAUACGCAGCGUAACUUGUAAUUUUGAUGCACUAGCCAUUCUAUUGGAAAGAAUUUGUAUUCAAUGUGACGUCCUUGUACUAACAGAAUGCUGGCUAAGCAAAUUAUCAGUUAUACCUGAAAUUUCUGGGUAUACGUCUCAUUCUUCUGAGUAUAGUAACCAAAACGACGGUGUUCUACUAUAUAUAAAAUCGGAAAUAAAGCAUAGUAUAUCCCAACCUUUGCUUUCUGAUUCAAGUGGUCUUAUUGUAAAUUUUGAUAAUGAAUAUGCCAUAUUAGGUAUGUAUCGAUCACCUUCACAAAGAAAUAUAAAUAAAUUUUGUGAUAGCCUCGAUCUCUGUCUUGCUUCUUUGGCUUCUGUAAGAUCAGUGGUCUUGAUUGGAGAUAUCAAUAUAAAUAUCUCUCCUAAUAAUAAUGAACUUAACAACAGUAAAUAUUUAGAUUUAAUGGCGCAUCAUGGAUUUUUAGCAGCUCAUGUUCUACCUACUCGUAACGAAAGUUGUAUUGACCAUGUAAUGUUGAGAUCAAAUAGAUAUACUGCAACAUAUAUACUGGAUUCGUUUAUUACUGAUCAUGCUCCGAUAGUGUUCCAUCUAGAUUGCAAAAUUAUAAGGUAUCCAUCUAAAACCACUACUCUCAAAAUUGAUUAUCCACCAUUAUUAAAACAAUUAUCUGAUACAGAUUUUAGCUUUCUAUACAAUAUCAUGGAUGCCAAUGAUGCAGCUACCGCUUUAACUAACAUUAUUACUGAUGCCAUCAUUUCUCAUUCUAUUAAAAUAAAUAUUCCUCAUCGUAAGCGUUGCAUCAAGCCAUGGCUAACUCCUGGAUUGGUACGCUGUAUAAGACACAGAGAUAAAUUGCAUAAGAAAGCAAAGCGUGAUAAAAACAAUGCAAUAUUACAGAUUACUUAUACAAGGUAUCGCAAUUUUUGCAAUAAUUUGUUAAAAAAAAUUAAAACUGCCUAUGAGAAAACUGAGUUCUGUAAAAAUAAACGCAAUCCAAAGGGCACUUGGAAUACUAUAAACAAAAUCACAAACUUUAAGCAAUAUUCACCCCCUCCCUGUGAGUUACUAAAUUUAACUCAAGAUCCACAUAAAUCUCUCAAUAUUGUUAAUAAUUACUUUGCAGAAAUUGGCUCAACUUAUGCUAAUGCAAUAUUAAAAAAACAACAAAACAAUGGCUAUCCUAAUAUCGCUAAACAUCGAAGUGAAUCCGACCCUUUGAAUAAUUCCAUGGUAUUGCUCGAUACAGACUGUUACGAGAUAGAAGCUAUUAUCACAAACUUAAGAAAUGAUUCAGCCACAGGAAUCGACAGAAUACCUUCGCAACUCAUAAAACGUGCCAAAAACAGCCUUAUCCCACCUAUAACAUAUAUGUGUAACCUUUGCUUAAAAACUGGUGUAUUUCCAGACAUCUUAAAAAGGGCUUUAGUUCAUCCAAUACAUAAGAGUGGUGACAGAGACAGUGUUGAAAACUACCGGCCCAUAUCUGUACUGAGUGCGCUUUCUAAAAUACUUGAAAAAGUUUUAAAUUUUAGACUCACAAAUUUUCUUAAACAUAAUAAUAUUAUUUCGGAUAACCAAUUUGGCUUUGUGAAAGGCAAGUCUACUGAAGACGCAACUUUAAUCCUAACUGAGACGAUUGCAAAACAUCUUGAUAAUAAGUCAAAAGUAAUAGGUGUCUUUCUUGAUUUGUCAAAGGCUUUCGACACUGUCUCUGUUCCCCUACUUCUUCAUAAGAUGGAAAUGAUCGGCGUACGGGGAAUUGCUUUAGAUAUAUUUCGGUCUUAUUUAUCUAAUCGAACGCAGUUAGUUAAAAUCGGUGAUUACACUAGUUUACCUGCAACUGUAUCGUUUGGAGUCCCACAAGGCAGCGUACUGGGCCCAACUCUCUUUCUCGUUUACGUGAAUAGUUUAUGCAAAAUUACGCUGCCUAACUGCAAAAUAAUUUCGUAUGCCGACGAUACUGCUUUAAUUGUACACGGUAAAGAGUGGAAAGACGCCCAAUUUCAUACAGAGUUUGCGCUUGGUAAGGUCAUGUGGUGGCUUAGUAGUAACCUACUGACACUAAAUGUAAAGAAAACGAGAUAUAUUACCUUCACUCACCGUGUUAGUACCCAACCAUCAGCGGAAUUUCAUCUCAAAGCACAUACAUGUGAACAACAAAGCAAAUGUAACUGCCCAAUACUAAGUCGUUCCACUCAUAUAAGAUACCUCGGACUUAUCAUAGACUACUGCCUAUCUUGGUCAGCGCAUAUUAGCAACUUAACCUGCCGUAUUAGAAAAUUAAUACCAAUUUUAAGAAAAUUGAGGAACUCAGCUGAUUUUGAAACCUUGCUAUGUGUUUAUUAUGCCCUUGCUCAGAGUUUACUACAAUAUUGCAUUUUAACCUGGGGUGGAAUUGGAAAGACAACUCUACUCCCCUUAGAACGUGCACAGAGAGCAAUAUUAAAGGUUAUGCUGGGUAAAUCACUAAGAUAUAGCACUGAACUUAUUUAUAAGGAAUGUUCUGUACUUACUGUAAGACAACUAUUUGUCAUGUCUGUUAUACUACGUAAGCACAAAAAUACAGAUUUUAUACCUAAUUUAAAACGUAACAAAAAUAGAAUUUGUAAAAUGACUUUUCAUAGAACUGCUCUAGCCCGGCGACAAUAUUAUGUCAUAAGCAGUCAUUUAUAUAAUGUAGCAAAUAAAAUAAGCUAUAUUUACCCUAUGUCCCUUUAUAAAUGCAAGGACAAAAUUCUAUACUGGUUGCUAAAUCUUAAUUACAUGGAAACAGAGAGGUUAAUGAAUUUUUAA